AUGUCAAUGAGUGAUAGAGAUCAAUUACUUAGAAGACUCUGUCCUGGUGAUCGAUCAGAGAGUUGGCACCAACAUUACCAGCGCGUCCGGAUUCCAGGAUCAUGCCAAUGGUUUCUCGACGAUCCAAAAGCAAAGGAAUGGCUGCAAAAUGACAUUCCUUCUCUGCUGUGGCUUCAUGGGCCAUCCGCGACUGGCAAGACGUUUCUGUGCUCCCGUCUCUUCGAGCACAUUAAAGAAGGCAAGGAUAACGCGGCUGCGUUUGUUGAAUUAACACAUAACCAUAAACAGUAUAACAAGGCCGAUUUCAAUCAUGCGUUAACCUCUGUUUUGAGGCAGCUCGUAUCGCAGCUUCCCAGCACGUCAGGUGUUUGGAAGGAACUAGUAGCUCUGGAAGACACUCCCUAUCCAGACGAUGAUGAGUUUGGCCAACUCCUCCACCUUGUUGCGUCGGAGUUUGACAAGGUCUUUAUCGUGUUCGAUAACGCCAAUAGCGUUACUGAGGUCGCACUGAGGGAUUUAAUGCUUUCCUUGAAUCCGAGUGACUCUGGCUCAAACUUUCGGGUUGUAUUCGCGAGUCGAAAUGCGUGUCCUAGUGGCGUCUCAGCAUCUCAUCAAGUCCUUGAAAUGCAUUUCAGAGCGAAUGAUGAAGACGUGAAAGUGUACACCAUUCAAGCACUUACAACCGUCUCACGUAGGGACUUCUCCACGGCUCAUGAUAAGUUACUUCAAAACAUGGUUCAAGUCUCUGACGGCCUGUUCCUUCCCAUUCCGCCUUGGUCUGCUGGAACACCUAUGCCAGAACUCCUGGCUAGUCUCGAUCAACUUAUGACUUCCUCUAGGGAAGCACCUACCUCGGACAGGAUAGAUGUCUUCUGCAAAGAGGCUGUGAGGCAAAUCACAGCUUCACAGUGGAAGGAUAUGGCCUUUUGUAUUCUUUACCAUAUCAUCAAAGCUUCCGAAGCUGGCUACACUUUCACAAUGCCCAUGGCACUUGAAGCGCUAGAUGUUUGGCAAAUCAGCCAUGAUGAGAAGGACUUCAGCACUUCCGAAGUUCUUCUAGGUUGCCAUGGCGUUAUAUACUAUGGUGAAGAUGAUGAGUCGAUGCGCAUUACAUCACCACUUCUCGGUGAAUACCUGAAACGUGUGGUUUUCGAUAUUGACUACGACAAGCGAAGCAUUUCUGGCUUUCUGCGAUAUCUAUCAUCUGACUCUUUCGCGCAAGGUGCUGCCAAGUCAUCCGCCCGUCUCAGGGAACGACUUCAGAAGCACAGGUAUCUGUGGUUCGCGGCCAGAAUGCUAGGGCCCAGCUUACAGACAACUAUCCCAGACACGUUGGUUGAUGACUUUAUUCGUCUCUCAUCUCGAAAUGGGUCGAUUGAGUCAUACCUCCAAGCAGCCGAAGCAUGGCCGUUCGAGAGUCAAGCCAGCUACGACGAGCUUGAAGAAGAUCAAGAACGAUGGGGAGUCUUCACUCCUGGAUAUGGUCCACUCCACCUAGCAGCGCAUCUUGUAGCUCCGAAGUUUCUCAUCGACGCGCUAGUAGCGCGUGGAGAAGACUUAGAGUCUCGGGAUAGCGAUGGGCGCACGGCGUUGCAUUUAGCUGCAGAGAUCGACAUGGAAAACUCGACACUCCAAGCUCUUAUCGAGGCGGGUAGCAAUGUGCUUGCUGAAGAUAGUCUAGGCAACACGCCUUUAUCUAAUGCCGUUGUGGACGGGAGCGUUGAGUCUGUGAAGGCACUGUUGGCUCAUGGGGCUGAUGCAAAUGCGCUAGAUGAAGAGACCUUGGAGCAAUGCGGGCAGGAGAAGCAGGACAUCGCGGCGUAUCUGAGGGAGCUUGGCAUUGAUGUACCAGUUGAGGCUGAUAGUGACAUGGAGGAAUAA